ACGCCUUCGUAUCCACCCACACUAUCCCGCCGGGCUACCGAAUACCCAACCUUAUCACUUAACACCUCUGCAAUGGCCCGCACGAAGCAAACCGCUCGCAAGUCUACCGGUGGCAAGGCGCCCCGCAAGCAGCUCGCCGCCAAGUCGGCGCGGAAGACGGCCGCGACUGCGACGGGUGGUGUGAAGAAGCCUCAUCGUUUCCGCCCUGGUACCGUAGCUCUUCGUGAGAUCCGUCGGUACCAGAAGUCGACGGAGCUGCUUAUUCGCAAGCUUCCGUUCCAACGGCUUGUCCGAGAGAUCGCCCAGGACUUCAAGACCGAUCUGCGGUUCCAGUCCUCCGCGGUCAUGGCGCUGCAGGAAGCUGCCGAGGCUUACCUCGUUUCGUUGUUCGAGGACACCAACCUUGCCGCGAUCCACGCCAAGCGCGUUACCAUCCAGCCUAAGGAUCUUGCCCUUGCUCGUCGUCUCCGUGGCGAGAGGACAUAAUAUCUGAUUUGUUGGCCUGGUCAUUAUACUCCUUAUAUCGAUAUUGUACUGUGCUAUGUAAUCUUUCCUCGCGUCUCCUUUUUUUUUUUUUUUUUUUGCGUGGGCGCUCUGAUAGAAUCGGCCGGUGGGUGCGGCGAAGCUCCGUGUUUCUACCAUCGUGAAUGAGGGCAUUUAAUC